AUGCUCGCCCGGUCGAUGAGCGCUGACAUGCAACGCCCGAUCGAGAUCAACCCGCUCUCGCUCAUCUCGUACGACAACAUCCGCGACCUCCAGACCUUUGCGGGCCUCGGCGACCUGCUCUCGCGGCCGUACACGCUGCCCAACUCGUCCGGCGAGCUCUCGCGCCGCUUCCAGCGCAACGUGCUCUUCUUCAUCGCCAACUACGCUGUCGUCUUUGGCUUCUUCACCUUUCUCAAUGCACUCGCGGCGCCGCAAUUCCUCUUUGUGCUCAUGCUCCUCGGCGCAGGCUGGUUCUACUUUGACAAGCUCGCGACAGAAGAGUCGCUGCGGUCGGGCCCGACGUAUCUCUUGGGCGUGCCGACGACAACCGAGCAGCGCAACACGAUCCUCGUCAUCACGUCGCUUGUGCUCUCGGUCAUUUAUGGCGGCCCCGUCUUGAUGUACGCGCUGAGCUCGAGCGUCUUCCUGUGCGCGGCCCACGCGUGCCUUCGCAACGCGCAGCUGCCGACGGACGAAGAGAUGGUGCACUUGCUGCACGUGCAGCCCGCUGCGCCAGCGCCGGAAGAAGUCCAGUACAAGCAGCAGACGUACAUUGUGGUCUAA